GGAUGUGUGAGCACAUUUUUAGGCUUCGUGACAUGUUGCAGUAACUGCUAAUCGUCUCGCUCAACCUCCGCAAUCCGUAAGUGAUGCCGUCACGCACGAACUGUUGCGUAGUAGGUUGCACAAACACAUAUGGAAGUGCACCGCGAAACACAAGGUUCUACAGUUUCCCUUCGAAGCCGCACGAGAUCGCCAGGCGGAAGAAACGGGUUUCAGCGGUCAAGCACGUUACAAAAGAUGGCAAACCGUGGACACCAACCAGGUUCAGCCGCAUAUGUAGUCAGCACUUCGUGGGUGGAUCAAAAUCUGAUCACCCACAUAGCCCUGCCUACGUACAGAGCCUGUUUCCCUCUUGCUACAAGAAGCGGACUUCUCAGAAUGCGUUGGAACGUUUCAGCAGGCUACGCCAACGGAGCCUCGGAAACCAGAGCACAGCAGCCACUUGCAACAGUGAACUUGAUGCUCAAGAUGCACCUGCUUUGAGUGAGUGCGAUGAAGGUCAUGGCGAGCAAGAUUUUGAAGCUGGUGCUAAGGACGUCGGCACUCAGACUACUGAAUGCUACGAGCAAGAACCGGAUGUGCCAAUUAUGUUUUGCACCAUCGAGGCAUGCGGAUCAAGCGUGCUUACAUCGCUGCCUUCGAAGGCACCAACAGAAAUCUGUGGCGUCACCACCGUGUCAGUUGGACUUGAUCCAAUCAACGUAGAAGUGCUGCGUGAGGACGCGUCUUUCAAAGGAUUCGCCUCAGUCAGCUGCAAGUCCUUGGCCAAGCAGGAAGAUAUACUUCGCAGUCUGACAUCUGUGCAGCAUAGUGCAUUCAUGAUGCUUCUGAACAUUGUACUGCGCUCACUGGGAAAGUCUGAAGACAUUGCCGACUAUGUCCUCUUGUUUCUAAUGAAAUUCAAGUUAGGACUGAGUUUCUCUGCACUCGGGGUACUCUUUGGCAUCCACAGAACUACAGCAGUGCGGCAUUUUUAUGCCGUGCUAAAAUGUCUAACGCAAGAAACUAGGGGUUGGAUCUUCUGGCCGUCUGCUGCAGCAGUGCGCUCGCGUCUGCCAAAAGCCUUCCGUGAGAAAUACCCAAACUGCAGAGGAAUAAUAGAUUGCACAGAAGUUCCCAUCUGCAAGCCUACAGAACCAGAUAAGGCUCAUGAAGGAAGUUUUUCACUCAUGUAUUCCAACUAAAAGGAACAUACACCAUGAAGUUCCUUGUGAGUGUAACUCCCUGUGGGUUCAGAUCAUUUCUUUCCAAAGCUUAUGGCGGGAGAGCCUCGGACAGCUUUGUAACCUCUGAUUCUGGGUUUCUUGAGCUAAUUGAGCAUGGCGAUUUGAUUCUUUCUGAUAAGGGGUUCCCUUCGAUAAAAUCUUCGCUUGAAGAAGGUGUCAUUGUAAUGCCUCCGUUUGCAAGGGGUGGUGAACAGUUUUCUGCAGAGGAAGUGGAUGAGACCUACCGUAUUGCUUCAGUACGAAUCCACGUGGAAAGAUGCAUUCAGCGAAUGAAAGUAUAUGGAAUCCUGACGCAUAAGAUGCGUAACGAGAUGCUUUCUUGUGUUGACGACAUCAUUCACAUGUGUGCCAUACUAGCAAACCUCCAGCCACCUAUCAUUCAGAAGGAAGCACCAGAAUGUGCGUGAAGUUUUACUGCAUGCAUGCUUUUGAUGGAGUCUCAGUGGGUCUGGGGUGCUAUCUCUUUGCAGCGGACCAUUAUCUUUUAUGUGUAACGUACUGGCUCUAAACUUGUUAGUGUGCUAUUUGGUGCAUGCAUGUUCUUGUUGCUUUAGUUUUGUAACAAUUCGUGUUCGCACUGCCAACUGUCAAGCAGUUGAUGCUUCUCAUGACAUACAUGUAAUGCCAAGAACACUUUAAUAUUGCAACAUAAUUUCCAUUGUACAAUGCAUUUAGAUCCCGGUUUCCUUUGUAGGACUUUGCCAUGUCCUAGUUCAUGUCACUGUUCUUUUGAAGGGCUGGCAAGUAGUGGAGGAAAUAAAACAUUUCGAGCC